AUGCGCGUCUCAACAAGCGUGGCUCUGCUCGGGUCCCUUGCCGCCUCGGUUUUCUUACUGUCGAGUUCAGUUGAGGCCGUUCCAUUCUCGUUACUUCCCAAACCUCAUCCUCUUGUCAUCUGGCAUGGUCUUGGAGAUAGCGCGCACUCGGAAGGAAUCGAGUCGUUCAUGUCGCAGCUUAAAGAGGCUUUUCCGGGCCUCUACGUGCAUUCGGUCACGCAGGACGCAUCAAACGACUCGGAGGACCGCAGACAGGGGUUUUUUGGUCAUGUCAAUGAUCAAGUGCAAAAGGCGUGCGAACAGCUCGCUUCGAUCGACGAGCUUCGCAAUGGAUUCGACGCCAUUGGCUUCUCACAGGGCGGACAGUUCCUUCGAGCAUAUGUGCAGCGCUGCAACGCUCCAAAAGUACGCAACCUGGUCACUUUUGGCAGUCAACAUAUGGGCAUUGCCGAUCUACCCGCUUGCGGUCCCGCGGAUUUGCUCUGCCGCGUUGCCGAAGCCGCACUGCGAGGAGGCAUCUACACCGACUAUGCGCAGUCGCAUCUUGUCUCUGCCCAGUACUAUCGCAACCCCAAGGAUCCCAGAGCAUUCGCUUCCUACUUGGAAAAAAACGAUUUCAUCAAGGACAUCAAUAACGAAGGUAACCAGAUCAACACCACGUAUGCCAAGAAUCUUGCUUCGCUCGAAAACUUUGUCAUGCUCAUGUUUGACAAGGACACCACCGUCGAACCCAGGCAAUCCUCUUGGUUCGCCUCGUAUCCUAUCCGCAACGGAACCGAUUCACUCGAACAAGGCGAUCCGGAUGAACCGACGCCAUUGCGACAGAGUUCCAUCUACCUCGACGACCGGAUCGGUCUGCGACAACUCGAUCGACGAGGUUCGCUCAUCAUGGAGCUGUGUCAUGGAUUGCACAUGCAGAUCGAUGCUGCAUGUCAGCUCAAGGUGUUUGGAAAGUACGUCGGCACAUCUGGCUCGCGUUUCAGCGGCUCGUUGGCCAGAUGGAUCGACCACAGUUGGCGCUUGGCGCUCUACAACACCACGGGUUGGCGCGUCGAGGAGACUGGCGGGCUCAUGCUCACGCAGAGCUUGCUCUUCGUCGGCCUGUUUGUGGUCGUCCGAUUGCUGUUUGUGAUGCUUGUGCGUGCCAUCGAUGCUGCAUCUCGUACGCGCACCCAUCACGAUAAUCCCGGCCCGAUUCGUCUUCCCUAG